AGUUAGGUAUUCGUUGUUAUUGUUAUUUCAACGUUCGUGGAAAUCGGGCACGUGUACCGCGAGUCAGCGCCCUCUCCGCGCUUUCCACGGGUUUUCCCGGUUUCCCCCGGUGCGGGGCGCGCGCGACAGAGGGCACCAGUGCCUUCAAUCAAUACCUGCGCCUCGCGUCGCUGAGCCUCGACUACCCCAGUGCUCGCUGUCACCGCCGCCGCCGUCACGUCACCAGCGGCCCGAGCAAACAAUCCGGCAUUCAUGAUAAAUCCUCGCCAAAAUAAACUGAAACCCACACUAAAAUGCGACGGAACCGUCUAACUAAGUUACAAACUCAAAUCUGUUUAAACUCUAAGUGAUUGUUAUUAAGUGUUAAUUAUUAAAAAUGCAUCUCCAUUUCGAGAGAAACGUGAACGCUAAAUGUGAUUGCACUAUACUGUCUUUAUCAUGGAUGGGGAAGGUUCCUGAUGAGCUGCCUGAGGAGGAAGGAUGGAAGCUAAACCGCAACAACUACUACCAAGAAGGUUGGCUGGCGACGGGCAACGUGCGCGGCGUCGUCGGCGUGACGUUCACGUCAUCGCACGCGCGCCGUCCGCACGAGCUGCCAGCGCGCACGAAUUACAAUUUGCGCGGCCACAGAUCUGAUGUGAUCCUAGUGAAAUGGAACGAGCCUUACCAGAAGUUAGCUUCAUGCGACAGUUCCGGGGUGAUCUUCGUGUGGAUCAAGUACGAGGGCCGCUGGAGCAUAGAGCUGAUCAACGAUAGAAGCACGCCCGUCACACACUUCUCCUGGUCGCAUGACGGUCGCAUGGCGCUCAUCUGUUACCAGGACGGCUUCGUGCUCGUCGGCUCUGUGGCGGGCCAGCGCUAUUGGUCGUCCAUGCUCUCGCUGGACGCCCGCAUCACGUGCGGAUGCUGGACGCCGGACGACGGGCAGGUGUAUCUUGGAACGGCGUCCGCGCAGCUGGUCGUCAUGGACGUGCACGGCGCUAUGGUGUCGCAGGUCCAGCUAGUAGCGGAAGGGGGUAUAACGUCGAUGGCGUGGUCCUGUGAGAAGUUCAAGAUGGAGGAGGGGGAAGAGGGGGGAGAAACUAACGGAGGGCACGUGCUGGCUGUUGCUUUGGGCAACGGCGAAGUAGUGUUACUCCGCGGACACGAUGACGUGAGCCCAGCACGCAUGCGCACCGGCAUGCGCGGGACCACGCUCGCCAUGGAGUGGGCCAACUCGCGCGAACUCCUCGCUGUCGCCGGGACCCUGUUACCCGAGGGGUCUGAGCCCGCGGACGCACCGCCAUUCAAGAACGUAGUGAAAUUCUACUCCGACACCGGCGUUCUCAUCUACACCGUACCCAUUCCUUACACCCAGGCUCGCGUAACGGCGCUAACGUGGGGGCACGCGGCGCGGCGACUGUUCGUCGGCGUCGGCGGCGCGGUGUGCACGGCGCGCGUGUGGCGCGCGGUGGCGCCGCUGCAGCUGCUGGCGCGCGUGCGCGCGGCGCAGGCGCUGCGCGACCCCGGCGCCGCCGCCGGCCUGCCCAUCCCGCCGCGGCUGCAGCCCGCGCUGGCUAACCUUUUCGCGCAUACUAUACGAUGCAACGUGCCAGAAUCCCUCGAGCUCCGUCGCUUCGUGUCCCGGCCACCAGGGGGCGCCAGCGGCGGCGCCGGCACCCGGCUGCACUGCACCAUGUUGAGGCAUGAUGAUGAGGAAGCUGGCUACACCCUGUACCUUGAGCAUCUAGGUGGUUUAGUGCCUCUGUUGAAGGGGCGGCGGACGAGCAAGAUUAGGCCGGAGUUUGUCAUCUUUGAUCCUCAAGGCGAAGAGAGCGCGAUCCGUAACGCGUGUGUUCGUGAAAGCAGCAGCAGUAGCAGCAGCGGCGCCGCCAGCUCGUCUAGCAGCGCCGGCAGCGGCGCCGGCCGCGCCUCGCCGAUGAAACACUCGGACACCUCCGACAGUGACCGGGAGGAAGGCUGCAGCGGCUCCCCGCGCCUGCAGCGGCGGCGGCGCGCGCGCACGCGGCGCAAGCUGCGCGCCGAGCGCGACGCCGCGCCCGACGAGCUCGCCUACAUCGACUCGCUGCCCGAGGACGUGCGAUUAGUAGAAGUAACCUCUAAUAUCUGGGGCACAAAGUUCAAAAUGCACGGUCUAGUCAAGAACGUGCCUGCCAACCUCGGGCAGGUGACCUACAAGACGUCGCUCCUGCACCUGCAGCCGCGGCAGAUGACGCUCACCAUCGCCGAGCUUCGCGACGACCAGGCUCCAGCUCCCGAUCCGAAUUUCAACCCUAACAUAUUCUCAGAGGAUGAAGAGGAGGUGUUCCCUGAUAGGCGCAAGACGCUCGCAGACCGCGCCAACUCCAACGUGCCUGCCCCGGCUGAGGUCACAACUAACAACCAUAAUAACAACGCUCACGCGUCGCUAGCGCGCGCCGAAUCCUACGACGAGUUCCCGUACAUCGACACGGCCGAGCCCGCGCCCGUCCGCCGCGUCGGCACUCCCCCCGUGCCCAGCCGCCACGCCAUCUCCCCGCUGCGCUGCGAGGGCUCCGUGCCGACGCUGCAAUCUCCCAAAAAUGCCGUCGCCCCGACUGAUAUCAUCUUCGAGCGCCCCUCCCCUCAGACCGUCACGUGCGGCGGCGGCCGCGGCGACUUCUGCGGCGGACGGACAGACUACACCGUCCGCGGCGACAAUGUUUCCUUAAAAGGAAACUUAUCCAACAUAGAUCAGCAGUUCACCCUCAAUCUAAGUUUAGAACCGAGCCGGCAGGUCACAAUAAAGAAAUGCGACAAUCACGUCACCGACAACUGCCUCUCGAAACUCCGUAAAAACAUUUGCGCGCGCGGCGAGUCCGCCUCCUACGAAAUGAACACUAGGAUACUCAAGACGCUCUGUAACAAGAACUACGAGCACGAGGUUCAUCCGGACGCGAUGGGCAGACGCGAGACGCUCAGGAGUCUACAGAAGGGCGAAGACUUGAAGUUUAUCGACGAGGAGACGCCGGUGGAACCCAGCGGCACGAGCACGAGGGAACCGCGCGUACAGCGGACCACUACUGUCGUGCCUAUCAGUCCCGUCUGUGGCAGCGUACCCGUCUACGACACCAUGACGCGCAGCUGCAGCGUCGGCUACCUAGACAUGGUCGAUCCGGCGGUGCUACACUCUCGGGUGUCAGUCGCGGCGCUGCGGGAACCGCCGCGCCGACUCGUGCUCGUCGGCGACUCGGGCCGGCGCCGCCGACGCCGCCGCGAGCGACACCAGGACGCCAACAAACCAACAUUAAAGAAAUGCGGCAAAUCGAGAAGCCUCGACUCGAGCGAGCUGUCGCUAGAGAAGAAGCAGACGCGGCAGUCCCGACUGGACACUUUGGAGCCGCGCGCGGAGGCGAGCACGGAGCGCGGCGCGACGCGGCGGCGCGACUACCCGGUGUGCACGGCGUGCCGCCUGGUGUCGCCCUACGACCGCCGCGACGUGGACGCCGCCACCUACGUGUGCGUGGCGUGCUCGCCGCGUGCGCCGCCUCCCCAGCCCGCGCCGCCCUCCCCGCGCGUGCCCGCCACCGACAGCGACUCCGACUACAGCAAGUAUUAUAGUUCACUGGAGCAGCUAGCGCUGCGGCUGUUGGCGUCUCGCUCUCGCAGUUCGCGGGAGAGAGAGAGCAGCUCAGCGCCGGCGUCGCCCCGCCCCGCGCGCUCCACGCCCGCCUCCCCCGCGCCGGCGCCGCGCCGUACGCGGUACUCUUCGGCCUCGCCUAUUAGACAACUACUGAAUUCACCACUGCUAUCUCGGCGGCGUAAGAAGCCGUCAGAGAGUUCAGACGACGAGUGUUCCGGCUACAGCGAGGUCAACGGCCGCAACUACCGCGAUCUCGAGAGCUUCCAGAAGGCUCAGCUCAGGAACAAGUUAAAACGCGCCGGCGGCACGGCGGCGGCAGCAGUAGCGUCCGAACCCCGAGCCGGGCCGCGGCGGCAGCUUGUCAUGCACAACAAGGCGCCUAUGUGGAACGAGAACAGCCAGGUCUACCAGCUCGACUUCGGCGGCCGCGUCACGCAGGAGUCCGCCAAGAACUUCCAGAUCGAGUACCACGGGAAACAGGUAAUGCAGUUCGGGCGAAUCGACGGCAACGCGUACACGCUCGACUUCCAGUACCCGUUCUCAGCGCUGCAGGCCUUUGCUGUAGCCCUAGCCAAUGUUACGCAGCGCCUCAAGUAAACGUCGACAACAUGCCAGCGCCACCUUUGCAGUCCUCCCUACGUCGCCUAUGCAAUCUUAUAAUUUAUAAUACCAUGGGGCCUGGCCAAG